AUGGCCACCCCUUCAGACCAAUUGCCCCCAGGAUGGGAAGCAGAAUGGGAUGCUACACAUCAGCGAUAUCUCUUCAUUGAAACCCAAACCGGACACACUCAAUGGGAACCCCCUUCAGCAGGUUCUGCAGGUCUCGGGCCCGUGCCAACUGGAUCUCCCCAGCCAACUCAUUCGCACACGAAGCGUCGUCAAUACGCUGCCGGACAGACCCAGGCAUACUACGGGGACACUGCUACUGAUCCAGGCUACGGAGCCCAAGCGCCGGGAUUGCAAGCAAAUCUGCAACCUCAAGGUCCCUUGUUUACUCCAGGCCUCGUAGCGGAGAACCAGUUCGCUGCGCAACAAUCUCAGCCAGGCGCUCCUGGGCAACCUGGAUAUUACGGUCAAGGAGAGCCGGAAUAUAUCAAUGGACCUGCUUUUAAUCAGCAGCCGCAAUAUGGUCAAGCCCCUGUAGAUGCUUUGGCUAACCAAUUCGGUGCAAUGGGGAUGGGUCAAAAGCAAUUGCAGCUCUUUACAACUAACCUUCUGACUUCCCCACCGGAGCCUCGCGAUUUGCAGCGUCCCCCACCUGAAAUUAGACUACCUCCCAAUUCAUGUAUUUCCCCUUCGCCUACGGCAAAUGCAGACCCAAGUUACUGCAGGUCCACCAUCAACGCUAUACCAACGACGUCAUCUUUGUUGACUAAAUCCAAACUCCCCCUCGCUCUGGUGUUGACUCCUUACCGAUCCUUGGACGAAGGCGAGGACCCUGUCCCUCUAGUUACCGACACAGUGAUUGCGCGGUGCCGUCGUUGCAGAACUUAUAUCAAUCCAUAUGUUCAAUUUAUUGAUGGAGGCAAUCGCUGGAGAUGUUGUAUGUGCAAUAUGACCAAUGAAGUUCCUCAACUUUUCGAUUGGGACCAGGUUCGCAACCAACCCGGAGAUCGUUGGGCUCGUGCAGAACUCAACCAUUCCUGCGUUGAGUUUGUUGCACCCACUGAAUAUAUGGUCCGCCCGCCUCAACCCGCUGUUUACGUUUUCUUGAUCGACGUAAGCCAUACUGCGGUCCAAUCCGGAAUGGUCGCUACUGCCACACGUACCAUCCUCGAGAAUUUGGACCGUAUACCUGACGAAGACGAGAGGACAAAAAUUGCGAUUAUUUGUUAUGACGUGUCACUGUAUUUCUUUUCAAUGACACCAGGGUCAACGGAAUCAUCAAUGCUUGUAGUCUCUGAUAUCGAUGACGUCUUCUUGCCCAAACCCAACGACCUUCUCGUUAACAUCGCUGAAGCAAGGGCAUCUUUAGAGGCUCUUUUGGGUAAAAUUGGUGAUAUGUUCCAAGAAAACAGCAUCAUUGGAAGUGCUCUAGGGCCUGCCCUUCAAGCUGGCUUCAAGCUCAUGGCACCCAUUGGCGGCAAGAUCAUUGUUUUAUCGUCUACCUUGCCUUCUGUUGGUCCAGGUGCUCUUAAAAACCGAGAAGAUCCCAAAAUUCUUGGAACUGCAAAGGAAUCGGCCUGCCUACCGCAUUACACCUCUGGUCAGACCUACUAUUACCCCGCAUUCAAUGCAGGAAGGACCGAAGAUGCCAUAAAGUUUGCUCACGAAUUUGGCGAGGUCCUGGCUACACCCAUCAUGUUGGAGGCCGUCAUGCGCGUGCGUGCUUCUCGAGGAUUGCGCAUGGCUGCCUUCCACGGAAAUUUCUUUGUCCGCUCGACCGACCUUUUGGCCAUGCCUGCUGUCCCUCAGGACCAGUCUUACGCUAUUGAAGUUCAAAUCGAGGAAGCUAUCACUACUCCCUUCGUCGUUUUCCAGACUGCAGUGCUGCACACAACCUGCUAUGGCGAGCGUCGCAUUCGUGUCAUUACUAUGGCACUGCCAACCACCACCAAUCUUUCGGAGGUGUUCGCCUCUGCUGAUCAAAUUGCUAUCACUACUUUCUUCGCCAACAAGGCUGUAGAAAGGUCUUUGACGCAUAAGUUGGAAGAUAGCAGGGAUUACGUCUUCCAGAAGCUUGUCGAACUCCUUGUAUCGUACAAGACCAGCAUGACCUCCAGUGGUGCAGGCGCCAGCGCACAGCUGGCCAUCUCGGACAACUUGAAGAUGUUGCCCGUCCUCGUUCUCGGUCUUCUGAAAAACGUUGGCAUCCGCCAAAGUGCCCAAAUACCUCCAGAUAUUCGCGCAUAUUCCCAGGCACUGCUCACCUCGCUGCCAUCCCAGCAGCUCAUCCCCUAUCUAUACCCUUCUUUCUACUCCCUGCAUAAUAUGCCCCCUGAGGCAGGCACCAUCGGCGAGGAGGGAGUCAUCUUACCCCCAUUACUUCCUCUCACUUCAGAGCGGUUAGAAAGGCAUGGCCUAUUCUUGAUCGAGGAUGGACAGACUAUCUUCCUCUGGGUUGGCCGCGAUGCUGUUCCUCAGCUCGUCCAGGACGUAUUCGAUCUGCCCAGUUACGAUGUCUUGCGCGGUGGCAAGACCACUCUUCGAACACUCGAGAACCCAUUCUCGCAGCGUGUCAAUGCCAUCAUCCAAAAGAUCCGCGAGAGCCGUCGUGGCGUAUACCACCCACAUCUGUACAUCGUCAAGGAGGACGGCGAGCCACCACUCAGACUCUGGGCCCUAAGCAUGCUUAUCCAGGACCGCGCCGAUAUGUUGCCCAGCUACCAGCAAUUCAUCUCGUCUCUAAAAGACAAGGUAAAUGUCAUGUAA